AUGACGUCACUUGGGAAUGGCUUUGUUGUUUUUCAAGUUUCUUCAAAGAAUGACAUGUCUCAAAUUUUGAGAAGGUCUCCGGUGAAGUUUGAUAGUCAGCGGAUUAGAUUUCAGAGAUGGAAGCCGGAUUUCAAUAUUUUUGACAAUUAUGUUGCCACGAAGCUGGUCUGGGUUAGAUUUCCUAAUCUCCCCUUCGAGUAUUGGCACGAGAAUGUUUUACUGUCCAAGGAAAAGGUUGUCGGCCAUCUGGUGGCUUUGGAUAGGCAGACUCGAAAUGACAUUAUGGGGCACUUUGCCCGUGUGCAAGUGGAAGUGGAAGACUUGGCUUCUGUCUCAAGAAUAUAUGAGUUUCAAGUUGAAAGAAAGCAGCCUGGUUCAGAGGUUCCUUUUUGUUUCAAGCAAUUUGUUGAGUACGAGGAUGAACUUAGGCGAAGUGGGUACUGUAAGAAGGUGGGUCAUGUGUUGAAUGCUUGCCAAUUGAAAAAGGAAGACAAAGCCAAAGCUGCUCACGAGCAUAACUGCCUAGGUCACCUUGCUGUGGAGGAGGAUUAUUCUAGGCCGCCUACUACUCGAGUUAGCGGUGUCGAUUGUAGGGGUGGUACUCGUUUGACGGAUUCCAGUAGGGGUGCUCUCCUGGCCGUGGAGGGUUCUAUCCAGGUUGCCGCUGGUGGUGAGGUGUCUCCUGGUGGUGGGCAGGCGAGCAAGCUGAUGGGGCACCACCGCCUCAGGUUGCUUAAGGUGGUGGAAUUGAUUCUCGUGUACAGAUUCCCAAUUUGGGGGGUGAAGAAGGUUGCUGGUAGGAGAGCCUUGAGCAAGUUUUUGAAGGAUGUGUCUCCUGAUAUCAUUUGUUUGGCUGAGCUGAAGGUAGAUGUGGGGAAAUUCCUGUCCCUAUUUUUUAAUAAACGGGGUUUUACGGCAGAUGUUUUUGCUAAUGAUCACAGUGAUGGAUGUCCGAACCUGUGGGUUAUUUGGAAAUCUCACUUUCAACAUCCCACUGUUAUUUCUUCUUUGGACCAGCAACUCUCUAUUAACUUGGAGUGGCUGGGUCGACAGGUUUCUUUUGUGCAUGCAAAGUGCUUUGGUGCCAAGAGGCGGGAACUUUGGCUGGACCUUGUGAACCUUCGUUUAGGUCUGAUUCCUUGGUGUAUGGUGGGGGACUUCAAUGCGACCUUGUUCUCAAAGGAAAAGAGAGGUCUGGAUCGUUUCAAUCAAGGAUCGAUUGCAGAUUUUCAGGCCAUGAUUGAUUCUUGUUCUCUGAUCGGUGCUCCUUCCCAAGGAAAUUUGCUUACUUGGUCCAAUAAUAGGAGGGGUAAUGUGGUAGCUGUCUUGGAUCGAGGUUUUUUUUCUCAAGGUUUGUUGACAUUUUUUCAUGACUGUGCUCAGCAGGUGUUGCCCCGUAUUGCAUCUGACCACUCCCCCAUCCUGGUGUUUUCUGAGUGUGUUCCUCUUCCGGUCAGGAAUGGGUUUCCUAAUAUUAAUAUGGCUGUCAACACUGCUGAGACCAAGUUGAAAGAAGUGCAGGUGACAAUAGAGGCUGAAGAUAUGUCGGAUGAUCUCUUCAACCAAGAAGUAGAUGCUAAGACGGCACUUUUAAAGAUUUGGAGAGGGAAAAUCCUGAUUCAGUCUCUAGAAAAGGAGGAUGGAGAGGUUCCUUUGGUUUUGCACAAUGAUCUUCUUGAGUAUAUCCUGCGUGAGAUCGUCGAUGUGGAUAAUGUGUUUGGAGAGGAUCCCCUCUACAGAGAAAAUCAAGAAAGUGGUGUGGGACCUUGA